AUGGCACAGCUUGACUGCUCAGGGAACACCUGUACUGAAUGCCCCGAAACACAAGCAUCUCCAUCAGAGCCAGUGGGAGUGGCAAGUCCAGAAUGUGUGGUGGAACCACCCAGAUGUCCAGUGCAGGAGAACACGAUAGAGUCAGUGGCUGAGCAUGACUCUGGUUACAUAGCUGAGUCUAUAUCAGACAACUCAGAACCAUCAGAUAUAAAGGAAGACCAAGUGGCGAAGAAGGAGGCGUCAAGCACACUGGAAGAACUAGAAUGCACUAUUCUUCCAAGCCCUGCUGAUGAGGAUAUUGCUGCCACAGCAUAUUGCCCUUUCUCUGUGAAGGAGAACAGUGUUGAGACAGCAACGCAGAAACCAUCUGCUACUGAAGUUGCUCUCAGUGCUACUCCUCCGCCUGCCGAAGUACUACGGCCCCCUGUCCCGUCCAAAGGCCCAGACAGCGACAACCGUGCAGAGUGCUCAGAGACUGAAGAGAGCACUGGGCUCCAAGUGGAUGUUGUUGAGCCUGUGUCAGCAAGAUAUUCUGCAUGCAAAAUCACAGAGCUGCUGACGUCAGAACCAGUGGAGGACUGUGGGCAGAAGAGCGUGCCUCUCGUCAGCACUCCCAGCGAGGAGCGUAUGAGUGGAACAGGCCCUGCUUCACCCACACUGGAACCAGUUGUGGCACACAUGCAGUGCCCAUGCGCCAUCUCUGGAUCAGAUGAACCUGAGGUGUGUGAAGUAGAGUCUCGUUUACCUGGCAGCCCAGGACUAGGCACAGAAGAAGAACCUGCAGUUGAAAAGCCUGCUGUAGAUGAAGCCCUCAGUGCCACACCCGCCAUCCCCGCGUCACCCCCUGUGAUGGCACACCUGCCAGUAGAACGUCCUUGCAAAUCUCCAAUCCAGAAACUUUUUGAAGACCUGAAAAUAGCGGAGAUUGUUGUUCCCGAGCAGACAGAGUUUGUGUCAGCCGGAGGCGUGGUAGAGGCCGGGCAGGCUUCUCCUGACCGGCUGAGCCAAGAGGCUGUGUCUGGCAACAAGGUGAAUGAUGAUGUGAGGGCGGUUAUGGAGGCACCAGUACCUGCACCAGCAGCUGUGCCGGUAGAGCCUCUCCCCAGACCCGCCGUAACUUCCGACAGCUUUGAAGCUUUGAUGUCCUCAGAGAGCUGCGCACGGGUGAUCUCUCCGAUGCUGGAACACACCAUGAUACUGAAGAGCCUCGUUGCCAAUUCUGUCCAGAGAAAUUCGGUUUCAAUACCAGCACCUGCAGAAAGGGCGAUGUCUCCAGCCCUUUCGAGAAAGGGCUCUGCAAUGUCAGGUUCUGUGUCUGUCCACAAUCAGUUCUCGGGGCUGGCUUUGGGGCAGAGUGCCGCAGGUGGCGAGGAGAGGCCACAGAGAUACAGCUUGGACAGCAGCAACAUCACCUGGCCUCCCGCUGCAUCGCCAAGCAACAAUGUGGCCAAUGGGAGUAUCCAAGAUAAUGCACAGCAAGACAACAACGACAAUACUACGGGGCAGAGGGGAAGAGGAAGCCCAUCAAACAACGAUUCUGUCAUCCAGUCCUCAGUUAACCAGAUGUGGACUCUGUUCCACCUGCCCCACGUCAGCGAGGAUGGCACCUUCUCCACUGAGAUCCUGACGCAGCCCCCAUUCAAUGGCAGUGCCUACAUCCGCUCCUUCGGACCGGGCCACGUGCUGCUGGCCAAGAGGUCCCCUACGCCCUCCCAGGAUGACCUGCGCACGGCUACUGGGGGCACUCCAGAGCACCUGACGCAGGCCUCCAACCUCCAAUACCAGGAGCAUCAUCCUCAUAACCAGCAGAGACCUCUGCACGACGUGGGCCCCGCAGUGAAGGAUGCGACCGAGUUCUUGCAACCAACAUCCGCCUCCGGCAAGGGCACCUUGGAGAUCAGUCUCCCCAACUUCCUACUGUGCAUUGACAACGGCCAGCAGGCCACACCGCUCAUGGGAUCAACCCUCCCGGUUCCCGCCCAGGCGGUCAGGGUGAGGCGAGAUGAGGCCUCGGGCCUCCUGGCUUUCACCGUACCCAUGGAGAGCGUGAGCAGCUCGCAGAGCAGGAAACGCCAGGUCCAGUUCCUGCCCAUCACCACCGAGCAGGGCCAGAGCGUCUACUCCCCCGCCGUGCUGAGGAUAGUCACCCAUCCUCCUGACCAGCCCCCGAAGUGAGUUGGGGGUUGUUGGUAUUCAUAGAGCAAGAUUAGCGUGGCCUACCAUUAUUUGAGACCCACUCUGAGAGCCAGGGCAAAUAAAAUAGAGAUGUAUGAUCA